UCAAAUAGGAAAGCUUGGAUUCUCCUCUGUCAGUUUGGAGUGACAGAGAAAGAGAGAGAGGGGGAGAAGGAGAAGUAGAGAUCAGGAUAAAGUUAAUAGUAUGGUAAAUAAGAAAGACAAAUAGAGGUAAAGAUAAAUAGUGAGAGAGGCUUUACAGGUGUCUUUCUUCCGAAUUGAGCAUCUCUGCCGGACAGAUGGAGUGUAAUUGUAAUUCCUCUCUCGGCCCUUUUUCCUCAACUUACUGGAGCAGAACAGUGCUUUUUCCGGACUGGGCGUAUAAACCCGCCUGGUCUCCGGGCUCGCGGCAGGUGCAGUUGUGGCACUUUCUGUUAGAGCUUUUGGGGCGUGGCGAGGGCGGAGCUAUAACUUGGGGCAGCGAAUGGGGAGAGUUUGUGAUCAGAGAUCCAGAGAGGCUGGCUAAACUGUGGGGGGAGAGGAAGGGCAAACCACACAUGAAUUAUGAUAAACUCAGCAGAGCUUUAAGGUAUUAUUAUAAUAAGCGCAUUUUACACAAGACCAAAGGAAAACGUUUUACCUACAGGUUUAACUUCAGCAAGCUAAUCUUAGUGAACUAUCCAAGUCUUCCAACCUGCCCACAGAAUACACCAUCUGCCCCCUUCUCUGUCUUUCCUUCUCAGCUUUCCUUCUACAACUCUUCUAUUGACAGGGCUAGUAUGCAGUCAAUUUCUCAUCCCCUUCUGCUGCCCUACAGCUUCCCUAAACCCCUCCCCUUUCCCCAGGUACAUCCAAUCCAAAGGCAGAUUCCCUUCUUUCCUGGGCCACCUCCCUCAGGGAUUAACCUAUCAGAGCUCUCCUCCCUGUCACCAGUCAGCUCCGCCCUUCAGUUCAGCCAAUCUUUAAACUGGCCAGUUAAAAACAGCACAGAUUGGCCGCUCAACAGAGUUCUGGGAUUACAAGACAGGAGUGAACUGCUAAAUAAAAACCACGAGAGCAAAGAAGACAGAAAAAUAUUUCCAGAGACCAACAUGCAUUUGAAGAUUUAGUCCUAUUGUUGUAUUUAUAAAUAGUUUAUAAAUCUUUACUGACAGGUUAAGAGCAAAGCACUUUAUAUAUGUCACACUAAUAACUUAAGAUACGACUGAAGGUGUUUGAAUAAUUUGAAAAGGAAUAUAUGUGUAAAACAAUUUAAUUGCCCAAGACUAAAGUAUCUGUCUGAUAAUACAUAGUUAAAUAAAGAUGGAUGUCUUUGUACCUUUUA